AUGGAUUUGGCCUACAUCAGCAACAUCAACAUUGGAACACCCCCUCAGGAGUUCCGGGUCAUAUUCAACACAGGCUCAUCUGACUUGUGGGUACCCUGCAUCUACUGCCUACACGAACGCAGUAGCUUUGACCCUCACUUGUCCACUACCUUUAUACUCAUGGGUCAGCCCUUCAGUGUCAACUAUAGUACUUGGUUGAUCAAGAAAUUUCUUGGCUAUGGCAUUGCUCAGAUCGAGUACCUUGUUGGUGUGACCGAGCCACUCAGCCUACGCUAUGAAGAGUACAGGUUCAAAAAUGUACCCUUUGAUGGCAUCCUGGGCUUGGGCUACCCAAACCUCUCUGUUGGAGGGACUACUCCCAUCUUUGACAAUCUGAAGAAACAGGAGUCAUUUCUCAGCCUGUCUUUGCCUUCUACUUUAGCAGGAAAGUCUGAGCUGGACCAGCCCUCGCUCCAAAUCAGCUCCAUCAUGACCCUGCUUCCUCUCACCUUCACCAUUAAUGGCAUUGACUACCUUGUACCCACUCAAGCCUACAUCCAGAAGAGUUGGCAGGACUGUUGCUAUAGCAGAUUUCAAGCGAACACAGAUGUCAUGGAUGAGCUGGAGACCUGGGUCCAGGGUGAUGUCUUCCUGAGGCUGUAUUUCUCAGUUUUUGAUCAAGAAAGUGACAGGAUUGGCCUGGCUCUUACAGUGUAA